AUGCCAGGUGGUCCUGAGGAUGGUACUGUUAUCCGCAGUUUUGGUGGUCACGUGGCUGCAUAUAUUUGGGGCGGGCAGGAGCGUAAUGUUUUGCGUUGUUUGAGCAGGACACAGUUGUGUUCUGCAUUGGUUACCUGGCGAGGUCAUCUUGCACAGGAGCAUCUGAAAUUUAUUGACGCUAGUGGUUUGUCUCACUUACUAGGGAUCAUGUUUAGGCGUUUUGACUGGCCGCUGAUUUUUGCGUUUGUAGAGAGAUGGCAGCCAGAUAUAAACACGUUUCAUAUGCCAUUUGGGGAGAUCACAAUCAUGCUACACGAUGUGUACCAUAUUCUUGGGCUUCGUGUUGAUGGUUCCAUGGUUUCCACUUCUCCCAGCACGGACGUCAUACGGGACGCGUGCUCGAUUACCAUGGACAUGAUUGCGGAAGAGCUGAACGAGAAGUGCGAUACGAAAACCGUUUGGCAGGGUAGUAGGGUGCUGACCGAGAGGAUUAUGGACUCGACCUUGGAGGCGCAGAGGCCCUUCAGUGUCCAUUACGGUGCGUACAUGUGGUUAGUGCUGGGCGGAUGUCUGUUUUUGGACAAGAGUGGUAACCGUACUCAUCCGUCCUUCCUCAAUGAGCUUGUUGUUCAUGAUCUUCCGAUCAAUGAGUACUCUUAG